AUGGCUCCACCUACCGCAGUCGAAACGUCGUUGAACUUCAACCACCCAAACAUCAAGUCCACCCAGGACCCAUUGGUGCAGCAGUUGUCCCUCAAUGAGGACGUCACUAUUAGACACAACGCUCCUCCACCAACUUUGUACGAAGAUGGUUUGUUGGAGAAGGGAACCGUCAUCUCCUCCACCGGUGCCUUGAUGGCUUACUCCGGUAAGAAGACCGGUAGAUCUCCAAAGGAUAAGAGAAUUGUCGAUGAGGAGACCUCCACUGAGAACAUUUGGUGGGGUCCUGUCAACAAGCAGGUCGAUGAGUUGACCUGGAAGAUCUCCAGAUCCAGAGCUUUGGACUACUUGAGAACCAGAGAGAAGUUGUUCAUUGUCGAUGCCUUUGCCGGUUGGGACCCAAGAUACAGACUUAAGGUCAGAGUUGUGUGUGCCAGAGCUUACCACGCUUUGUUCAUGACCAACAUGUUGAUCAGACCAACCGAGGAGGAGCUUGCUAACUUCGGUGAGCCAGACUUCACCAUUUACAACGCUGGUCAGUUCCCAGCCAACAUCCACACCAAGGGUAUGACAUCUGCUACCUCCGUUGAGAUCAACUUCAAGGCUAUGGAGAUGGUCAUCUUGGGUACUGAGUACGCUGGUGAGAUGAAGAAGGGUAUCUUCACUGUGAUGUUCUACAUCAUGCCAAUCAAGUACAAGGUCUUGACCUUGCACUCUUCCUGUAACCAAGGUGAGGAGGACGGUGACGUCACCUUGUUCUUCGGUUUGUCUGGUACUGGUAAGACCACCUUGUCUGCUGAUCCUAAGAGAAAGUUGAUCGGUGAUGAUGAGCACUGUUGGUCCGACAACGGUGUGUUCAACAUCGAGGGUGGUUGUUACGCCAAGUGUUUGGACUUGAGUGCCGAGAAGGAGCCAGAAAUUUUCAACUCCAUCAAGUUCGGUGCUAUCUUGGAGAACGUUGUCUACGACCCUAUCACCAAGGUUGUCAACUACGAUGCCUCUAAUGUUACUGAGAACACCAGAUGUGCAUACCCAAUUGACUUCAUUCCAUCUGCUAAGAUCCCAUGUUUGGCUGAUGUCCACCCAACUAACAUUGUGUUGUUGACCUGUGACGCUUCCGGUGUCUUGCCACCAGUUUCCAAGUUGACCAACGCCCAGGUUAUGUACCACUUUAUUUCCGGUUACACUUCCAAGAUGGCUGGUACUGAGGAAGGUGUCACCGAGCCACAGGCUACCUUCUCUGCUUGUUUCGGUCAGCCAUUCUUGGUGUUGCACCCAAUGAAGUACGCUCAGCAGUUGUCUGACAAGAUCAGCGAACACAGUGCUAACGCUUGGUUGUUGAACACCGGUUGGGUUGGUGCUUCUGCUGCCAGAGGUGGCAAGAGAUGUUCCUUGAAGUACACCAGAGCCAUCUUGGAUGCUAUUCACAGCGGUGAGUUGGCUAAUGUUGACUACGAGGUGUUCCCAACUUUCAACUUGAACAUUCCAAAGAGCUGUCCAGGUGUUCCAGACGAGAUCUUGAACCCAACCAAGGCCUGGAGCGAGGGUACCGACUCUUUCAACUCCGAGAUCAAGUUCCUUGCUGGCAAGUUUGCUGAGAACUUCACUAAGUACGCCGACCAGGCUACUGCUGAGGUUGUCGCUGCUGGCCCACAGGCUUAA